CGGAAUUCGACUGACAUCACGCCGGCACCGCCGGACGAGGACGCCAUCUUAUUCUCGCCCAAGCUCAUUUCCCAAGUGCCCAUGACCCACACAGCCACACACUCGGCGCCGCUGAGCCCGACGAGCGCGCUCAAGCACGCCACGACAGCGUCCCCCGAGAUCUGCCUCGACGACGCCAGCUUUGCUGCGCGCCGCCGCGCCUCGCCGUUCGGCACGCUCCUCGGCACGCGCGACGGAGUCGAGGUGUACUCGAGCCGUGGCGGGAACCGCGGCAACUUCAAGUCCCACUUCCACAACGGCCACUUUACAGGCGUGCGCUGGCAAUGCGUAGAGCUCGCGCGCCGGUACCUCCUCGUGCAGUUCGGUGUCACAUUCGAGUCGAUUGGCUUUGCGUACGAGAUUUUCGAGCCAACGACGCGCUUCGCCAACGUAGCGACCCGCUUCUUGACGCCUGUGACGCGCCAUCGCAACGGCAGUCUGACGCGGCCGACGAAAGGCAGCCUCCUCAUAUGGAACCACGGCGGCAUCAACACAUACACGGGCCACGUCGCCGUCAUCGUCGGCGUCACGGACAGCCACGUGGACAUCAUUGAGCAAAACAUGGACGAUACGAUCUGGACCGAGGCAUACUCGCGCCGGCUCCGCGUCGUGACGGACGGGCACUCGCACUAUACGAUCCAAAACUUUCAUUCGAACGAGACGAUCCUUGGCUGGGUGAGCCUCGCGACCGAGACCACAUCCGCAUAGGUCAAGAUUUUUGCCGUCAAUACAUUUAAUACUACUUCAAUAAUCGUUUCGAGACUUAUUGGCGUCGUUCGACAAAGGGUACA